AUGUUUUUAGAGCACACCUUGGGCUCCACCAUACAGAGUGUCACGUUUGUUUCGCCUCAGCGACCCCUGUAUGUGACAAGACAACCUCAGACAGAAGCGGCGAGUCUCUCGGCAGCAUGUCGAAGGAUGGAGGCUUUGCCAACGUGCGCCGGUCGUCCGUUGGCUAUACAGUGGGAACACGAACUUGGCAUCACGGACAAGCUUUGCGAUCGUGGUCUGAUCUUUUCCCAGGCCGUGCCCGUCGACGCCAAGGCCCAGCAGCGAAAGUGGAACCUGGCGCAAGUCCGUGAACUGCAAAAGUGGACGGCGACGUUGCACACCCGACUGCCGCCGCAGACGAGCGAUAUCGGUGCCAUCUUGUUCAUUAUCGCGAGAUGGGCGUUUAUUACUGUACAGCCGAUAUGCACCACCGGCGCGCCAACAAGCGGCCUGUCAAUUGUGGAAGCAUGGCCUCCACCUGGCACGGGAGGGCGCUUAACGGGCGGUCCUGGCUGGGCAGUGUUGGCGCCGCCCCCUGCUUGGCGCUGCAGGAUGCGCACAACCAACAACCAACAACCAACAACGAGCACGGCGGCAUAG